AUGGCGGCCUCCUUGAGACUCGGCUGUCAGGGGAUCGUUAGGUCACUGGUGGCGGCGGCGGCUGUCCGGGGCCAGGUCGACGGGCUGAGGCUGCUGCACACGGCUGGGAGGCGAUGGGGGGUGCCCUCUGCCGAAGUCUUCAUGCCGGCGCUGUCUCCCACCAUGGAGGAAGGCAACAUUGUGAAAUGGUUGAAAAAGGAAGGUGAGAUGGUAAAUGCAGGAGAUGCGCUGUGUGACAUUGAGACGGACAAGGCCGUGGUCACCAUGGAGUCCAGUGAUGAUGGAAUACUGGCCAAGAUUAUGGUUCAGGAAGGCAGCAGGAAUGUGCGGCUCGGGUCCCUAAUCGCGCUACUGGUGGAUGAAGGACAGGACUGGACUCAGGUGGAGAUUCCCAGCUCCCCUCCACCAAUCACAGUCCCAGCAGCUGCUGCCAGUGUGACCACAACCCCACAGAAGGCUUCUGCUCAGCCUGGGAAACUUGGGCUCCGAAUAAGCCCAGCUGCUCGACACAUCUUGAACACACAUGGUGUGGACCCAAAAGCUGUCCUUCCCUCCGGCCCCCGUGGGAUUAUCACGAAGGAGGACGCUCUACGCGUUGUGGCCCAGAAGACGGAAACCGGGGAGAAAGUGCUGCAGACAGCUGCUACUACGCUGCCAGAACCAGUAACACUAUCCGCUUCACCACAGCCUGUGCCUCCACCGCCUGGCUCCCAGCGCCCGUCUGUACCCCCAAUAUCUAUCCCGGGGAAGCCCCUCACUCCGGGAACGUUUUCAGAAAUACCAACCAGCAACAUCCGAAAGGUUAUUGCCAAGAGGUUAACGGAAUCCAAGUCCACCAUCCCUCACGCCUACGCCACCGCGGACUGCGACCUUGGGGCGGUUCUCAAACUUAGGAAGGAUCUGGCCAAAGAUAACAUUAAAGUCUCGGUGAAUGAUUUUAUCAUCAAAGCCACAGCGGUAACCCUCAAACAAAUGCCUGAUGUAAACGUCACCUGGAACGGCGAAGGGCCGAGCCAAUUGCAGUCCAUUGACAUCUCUAUCGCCGUGGCAACCGACCGAGGCCUAAUCACUCCUAUAAUAAAAGAAGCCAGCAGCAAGGGAAUUCAGGAGAUUGCUGACACGGCAAAGGUUUUGGCCCAGAAAGCAAGGAAUGGAAAACUCCUACCAGAAGAAUAUCAGGGAGGAUCCUUCAGCAUCUCUAACCUGGGUAUGUUUGGGGUCACCGGGUUCAGUGCUGUGAUAAACCCUCCGCAGUCCUGUAUCCUGGCCGUUGGGCGGUCCCGCACGGAGCUGGCCGUGGCUGCAGAUGAGGACGGUAACCCACAGGUCUGCCAGAAGCAGCUGCUGAACGUUACCUUGUCCAGCGAUGGCCGGCUGGUCAACGAUGAACUGGCAUCCAUGUUUCUGGAUCGCUUCCGAACCAACCUAGAAAACCCAGUCCAUUGUGCCCUGGUGUGAGUGGUUGCACUUUGUGUUAGUAAAUGGGACACAGCUUUGUUACAUGCAGCAAUCAAAUAUUGUUCAGGACGGAUUAAUAAAGCAAAAUAAGUUAUUAUAA